AUGGAGUUUUCUUCAGCUCUCAAGUUGACAGGGGUGAAGGAGAGCGGGAAGGGCGGCACCUUGACCAUUCAACUGGAAGAGAAUGGAACUUACUCGGAAGUUCACGGGGAUGGGUCGAAAGUUCAGCUCAAACCUGCAAAGAUCACGUUGAAUGAUUGUCUAGCAUGCAGCGGGUGCAUAACAUCAGCUGAGAGUGUCUUGAUCACGCAGCAAUCUGUCGAUGAAUUUCUCUCAGUGGUAGAAAACAAACUCAAUGACAUCAAGAUUGUUGUCUCUGUUUCUCCGCAAGCCUGGGCCUCUGUUGCAACCCAAUACAACAUCUCCGGUCCAUCCGCUCUUGCGAGGAUUUCAACUGUGUUCAAACAGCUAGGAGCGAUCUCUGUGAGCAGCAUGAAUGUUGCUGUUCUUGACAUAUCACUCUUUCGCGAUCUUUCUCUCGUGGAAUCAUGUCAAGAAUUUGUUCAUCGGCUCACAGCAGAAAGGAAAACUCCCGUGAUUGCUUCUGCAUGCCCAGGAUGGGUUUGUUAUGCUGAGAAAACACAGCACUCGGCGCUUCCGUUUCUUUCCUCCGUCAAGUCUCCACAGCAGAUCUCAGCAGCAGGCACCCUUGUCAAGCAGAUGUUUGCAAGGAGGUUGGGAGUGAAGCCUUCCAGCAUCUAUCACGUCUGUCUCAUGCCGUGCUUCGACAAGAAGUUGGAAGCCUCUCGCGAUGACUUCAUAGAGCAGGACUCAAACAGCCGCGAAGUCGACCUCGUCCUCACAUCUGCAGAGAUCCUUGAUCUGCUAGCAAGGAAAGGCAUCAACUUCUUGGAAGUGCAGGAGGGUUCGAUAGAGAACGUCUUCGGAGAAACGAUGAGUCAGCAGGCUGUCACCAACAACCUCUUCGGAGUACAUGGAUCCUCUGGGAACUUUGCCAAGGAGGUAUUUGUGCACGCUGCAAGGCAGAUCUUCGGCAAGGACGUCAGGGUGACGGAGGCGUCUGACGAUGUUGAGAUGCAAAUUGAAGACCCCUCCUCUUCCUCCUCCUCCUCCUCCUCCUCUUCCUCCUCCUCUUCCUCCUCCUCCCCCCCAAUCAACUGUGUUUGGAAACAGGUCCGCAACAGCGACUUUCAUGAGCUGGUGCUCUUCGACCAGCGGGACAACAAGACUCCCCUCCUCAAGUUUGCGCGCUGCUACGGCUUCCGCAACAUUCAGAACAUCAUCCGACAGAUCAAGUCGAGCAAAGGAUGCGCAUACCAUUACAUAGAGGUUAUGGCUUGUCCCAGCGGGUGCGUCAACGGAGGAGGACAAAUACGUCCCGACGAGUCAACCAAGGAGGCCCCGAAGGAAAGGCUUCUCAGGGUGCAGGAGACUUUCCGUAACGGCCAGUCAGAACGUCCGCCGCAUGAGAACCCGGAUGUCAAGAGAAUCUACCAGGAGGUGAAGCAGCAGCUGAGGUUGAGCUGGGCUAGAUGCUGA